AGGACGAGGAAGGGAGAGAGGGAGGAGGAAAGGAUGAGAGAGGGAGAGAGAAUGAGAGGGGGAAAGAGGUGGGACCGAGACAGGGAGGACGGUGAGGUCUGCAGAGUGCAGGAGCAAACAUCCAGCCGCCAGCGGAAGGAGGAGAGGAUGAGAAAGGGAGAUAGAGAAGACAAUGAUAGAGCGGAAGUUGAGGUCUUCUCUAUAGGGAACUGUAACACCCCUGAGGACAGUAAGAUCUCAGUGUGUAUCUCACAGUCCCCACAAAGGGCCCCCUAUAAGGGAAGUGGAGGGGGAAGGGAUUGGACAUGUGAAGCCCCUCAAAGGGCCCAUAAGGAGGUGAAGAGGCAGGGGAAGGGAGGAGGACGGGGAGGAAGGAGUGAGAGGGGAGGUGUAAAGAGUGGGAGGGAAGUAGGAAGGGUCGUGAGGGAGACUGACAGGCAGGAAUACACUGGCCACAUAGUGUCUGAGAUGAAGGUAUACAUGAGUAGCAGCAGCAGCUCAGAGACACAGGACUGCAGAGAGGCUGCCGUCAGGCCCAGACCACCAAGGCCCAGGCCCAGGCCUAGAUCCGGGCCCAGCCCCAGCACCCCACACCCUCACCAGACACAAUCCCACACUCAGCAGGCCAAGGCCCGCCCGAAACAAGCCCACCAGACCCACACCUACUUGACAGAGGUUCAUACCCUCCCAAAACAGGCCUACCAGACCCACACCUACCUGACAGAGGUCGAUCCCCUCCCAAAACAGGUCCAGAACCACCAGCUACAGGCCCAGAGCGACGUCCGACAACACCAGCAGACACAGAACUGUAGAGAAAGUGCUAUCAGGCCUACACACAGAUCUAGCCCCAACACACCACACCCUCAACCCCCCCAGACCCCGGCCCAAAUGCAGCACAUCCAGGCCCACCAAAUCCAAGCCCAGUAUAGACAGGCCCCGCCGACACAGGCCCAGAUGCAUAAGAGACAAGCACCCACCCACCCGACACAUGCCCAGACCAACAAGAGACAAGCACCCACCCACCCAACACAGGCCCAGACCAAGCAGCACCACAAAGAGAGUCCCGUCAGUCCCAGCCACAGCCCUAGGCCCACCUCUGACAGCCCUAGGCCCAUCUCUGAUAGCCCUAGGCCCAUCUCUGACAGCCCUUGGCCCAUCUCUGACAGCCCUAGGCCCAUCUCUAACAGCCCUAGGCCCAUCUCUGACAGCCCUAGGCCCACCUCUGACAGUCCUAGGCCCAUCUCUGACAGCCCUAGGCCCAUCUCUGACAGCCCUAGGCCCACCUCUGACAGCCCUAGGCCCAUCUCUGAUAGCCCUAGGCCCAUCUCUGACAGCCCUUGGCCCACCUCUGACAGUCCUAGGCCCAUCUCUGACAGCCCUAGGCCCACCUCUGACAACCCUAGGCCCACCUCUGACAACCCUAGGCCCACCUCUGACAACCCUAGGCCCAUCUCUGACAGCCCUAGGCCCAUCUUUGACAGCCCUAGGCCCACCUCUGACAGUCCUAGGCCAAUCUCUGACAGCCCUAGGCCCACCUCUGACAACCCUAGGCCCACCUCUGACAACCCUAGGCCCACCUCUGACAACCCUAGGCCCAUCUCUGACAGCCCUAGGCCCAUCUUUGACAGCCCUAGGCCCACCUCUGACAGCCCUAGGCCCACCUCUGACAGCCCUAGGCCCACCUCUGUCAGCCCUAGGCCCAUCUCUGACAGCCCUAGGCCCAUCUCUGACAGCCCUAGGCCCAUCUCUGACAGCCCUAGGCCCAUAUUUGACAGCCCUAGGCCCACCUCUGACAGCCCUAGGCCCACCUCUGACAGCCCUAGGCCCACCUCUGACAGCCCUAGGCCCAUCUCUGACAGUCCUAGGCCCACGUCUGACAGCCCUAGGCCCAUCUCUGACAGCCCUGGGCCCACCUCUGACAGCCCUAGGCCCACCUCUGACAGUCCUAGGCCCAUCUCUGACAGCCCUGGGCCCACCUCUGACAGCCCUAGGCCCACCUCUGACAGCCCUAGACCCACCUCUGACAGCCCUAGACCUGCCCCACCUCCCAGCCACAAUGCCCAGACACAGGAACACACUCCCAACACCCAACAGACCGAGCAGCAUUGCAGAGAGACCACCACCAGUUUGAGCGCCAAGCCUCCGUCUCCUCUCCUCCAGGAGAGCCACCAGACCCAGACCUAUCAGCCUCGCAGAGACAGCACCACCAGCCCCAGUCCAAGGCCCACUUCUGACUCCUCAUCCAUCCUGGACAAACAUCCCAGGGCUGUAAAACUAUCAACAUCACCAGGUCCACCAGCUUCACACCACAACACAGAGCCACAGAGGGAGUACCCCGAGGAGAGACAGACACGGACACAGACACACAAACAGAUGCCCCACAACAUCUCAGAGCAGUGGCCUGGCACGCCCCACUGUCCAGAGCCCCGGGCCCUACAGGAGGACAGUAACAACACACCUCGGCCUGAACCAACACAGAACAACGCCUCGUUCCCCAGCUUCGUGGAUGUCCCAGGUCCGUGUGAGCCCGAGGACCUGAUUGAUGGCAUCAUCUUUGCUGCUAACUACCUGGGUUCCACCCAGCUGCUGUCUAACAAGAACCCAUCUAAAGGAACACGCAUGGCCCAGGCGCAGGAGGCUGUCAGCCAGGUCAAGAGCCAAGAUGGAGACUCUCAGACGGUGACAGAAGUGGACCUCUUCAUCUCCACCAAGGCUGUCAAAGUGCUGAAUGCCGACUCACAGGAGACGCUGAUGGACAGUGCAUUGCGUUCCAUAUCCUACAUCGCAGACAUCGGGAGCAUCGUGGUUCUGAUGGCUCGGACCCGUAUGGCAGACACAUCCUCGCAGGACUGUAGUGAAGCUGAUCUCUCCUGCUCAGAGGGACCGAGACGGUACAGAAUGAUCUGCUAUGUCUUCGAGUCAGAGGACGCCCAGCUCAUUGCCCAGUCCAUCGGCCAGGCGUUCAGCGUUGCCUACAGGGAGUUCCUCCGUGCCAACGGGAUCAACCCUAAGGACCUGAGUCAGAAACAAUACAGUGACAUCAUCAAUUCCCAGGAAAUGUACAAUGACGACCUGGUCCAUUUCUCAAACUCUGACAACUGUAAAGAGCUGGAGUUGGAGAAGCAGAAGGGAGAGAGCCUAGGUGUGGUGAUAGUGGAGUCUGGCUGGGGCUCCAUCCUGCCAACAGUUAUACUAGCUAACAUGUUGAACAGCGGCCCGGCUGCCCGCUCUGGGAAACUCAGCGUCGGGGACCAGAUCAUGUCCAUUAACAACACCAGCCUGGUGGGCCUGCCGUUAGCUACCUGCCAAGGCAUCAUCAAGGGUCUGAAGAGCCAGGUGCAGGUGAAGCUGAGCAUCGUGAGUUGUCCUCCUGUCACCACCGUCCUCAUCAAGAGACCUGACCUCAAGUUCCAGCUGGGCUUCAGUGUUCAGAACGGCAUCAUCUGCAGUCUGAUGCGUGGAGGUAUCGCGGAGCGAGGAGGGGUGCGAGUCGGCCACAGGAUCAUUGAGAUCAAUGGGCAGAGUGUGGUUGCCAUGCCGCAUGAGAAGAUAGUCCAGACCCUGUCUGUGUCAGUGGGAGAGAUCAACAUGAAGACCAUGCCUGCAGUGAUGUUCAGACUGUUAACAGGGCAGGAGAUUCCCGUCUACAUUUAGACUCUCCAUGUCAGAGUUCUAAAUUGCACCCUAUUCCCUAUGUAGUGCACUACUUUAGACCAGGACCCAUAGGGUUCCGGUCAAAAGUAGUGCACAAUGUAGGGAAUAGGGUGCAAUUUAUUACGCACGCCUUAUCUGCAUCUCUUUCUGUGUACUCGCUCACUGCUUCUGCAUGUCUAGGAGAAGUUGAACAGACGGGGUGGUCGACAGGCAGUGGAGCCAUUAAAAUGAGCCUGUCCUCCGAUUUACAGUGACACCAGCCCCCACUGGUGCCAGGGUGAUACAGUGGGAACAUGUAUUUUCCUGUUACUCGACUGACAGGGAUUACCCCAUUCUCAACUUAAGGCUUCUGUCAAAUAUAUCGAAGAGCUACACAGUCAUAAUGGCUUGAAAUGUACAUAACAUAAGCUGUGUGUGUGUGUGUGUGUAUGUUUGUGUAGUGUGUGUGUGUGUGUGUGUGUGUGUGUAUGUGUGUGUAGUGUGUGUGUUGUGUGUGUGUGUGUGUGUAGUGUGUGUGUGUGUGUGUGUGUGUGUGUGUAGUGUGUGUGUGUGUGUUGUGUGUGUGUGUGUGUGUGUGUGUGUGUGUUGUGUGUGUGUGUGUGUGUGUGUGUGUGUACUGUACAUGCAAGGUCUUUAACGUUUUCUUAUGACGAGAGAUUCCAAACACAGCACAUUUUAUUUUCAAUGUAUUCCUUCUUUUUUAUUUUAUUUUUCUUUUAUAACAUGCAAGAUUAUGAGCUGUAGUUGUCCUGUAAAUAAUUUGUCGGUCUGUCAUUAUUGUUCAUUAUAACCUGGGUGGUUUGAGACCUGGGUGGUUUGAGACCUGGGUGGUUUGAGACUUG